CGGAACGGGAGAAACUACCCUUCCACUCAUGUCGUCGCGACCAUCGUCCCCUACGGCGCGUGCGUUUAGCUCGCCACCGUCUACAACGUCUACCGAUCCAGAGCUGCUUGACGACAUCGAGCUCUUUACGACGGAAUAUGCAUUCAGACGGCGCGAGCUCAUGGACCUAAUCAAUGACCUCCGUGCGAUGGGAGCGGAGGUCCUGAUUGAGUUACCCUCUGUGGCGGUUAUCGGUGGCCAAUCCGCUGGAAAGAGUUCUCUAGUCGAAGCCGUGAGCGGAAUCAACGUCCCAAGGGACAGCGGAACGUGCACACGGUGCCCAAUGGAGUGUACCAUGUCCAGUGCGACCUCGGAAUGGUCUUGUACCAUUACGAUUCGCACAGACUACGAUUCGAAUGGACGACCUCUUCCUCAGUCCCGCAUUAUACCCUUUGGCCGACCGCUUACCAACAAGAACGAUGUCGACAUAUGGCUCCGCCGCGCCCAGGCUGCAGUUCUGAACCCCUCAGACCCUCCGCAUCGGUUCUACAAGAAGAACUACCAGGAGCUCAAGGAUUUCAACAGCUCGGGGACGCUCAAGUUCUCGCGCAAUGUUGUCUGCGUGUCCAUCCUUGACCCGGAGGCUACCGACCUGUCAUUCAUCGAUCUCCCCGGUCUUGUGCAAAACGAAGAGGACGAUGUCAUUGAGCUUGUUCGCAACUUGGUCGAAGCAUACAUUCAGAAGGACCGGACGAUCAUCCUUACUACGAUACCGAUGACUGACGACAUUGAGAACCAGCAGUCCGUGAGACUGGCCAGAGCCGCAGACGGAGAAGGACGACGAACAAUAGGUGUCCUCACGAAGCCGGAUAUGCUCGGAGACGGGGCUAUAGGUGCGCGGCGCAAGUGGCGAGACGUCCUAGAAGGACGCGCUCAUCGCCUACGCCACGGAUACUAUUGCAUGCGCUUCCCCGACGAUGCCGAGAGGGACGAAAAGAUCAGUCGCGCCGAGGCGCAGAAACGCGCGAUAGAGUUCUUUGAUAGGACGGGCCCCUGGUGUGAUAUCCCCGACAGAGGCCGAUUUGGUGUACCGGGAUUCGUCAAUGACGUUAGCAAACUUCUGUGCCGAUUAAUCGAGGACUCUCUCCCAAACAUCAAGGCGAAGGUCGACGAACUCUUCGAUGAGACCACCGCCGACAUGAACGCACUUCCCAAGCCCCCCAGUCUGGACGCACGCAUUGAGGUUCUCACGCGGAUCAACAACUUCUGCGAGAGGUUCAAGGAGGCCGUCUUCGGCACCAGCGACUACAAGAAGCUUGCUCAGCGUAAUCGUGCGGUGUAUGCCAUCUUCAAGCCUGCCAUCCGCAGUACUGCACCAGAGUUUCGUCCCUUUCCGGGACAGGCGUUCGAGUACAGCUCAGUGGGCGACAUUCAGGAGGUUCGGGACGACGUCACAUGGACGAAUGAUCCGCGUGUCACUCCGAUGGCGCUGUUUGAUAUCCGCAAGGUCAUCCACGAAUCCACGACGUGGGAGCUUCCUGGAAACGUGCCCUUCGAGGCAAAAGCCAGCCUCAUCCGGAGCUUUGUCUCUCUUUGGGAGACCCACGCCAAUGCGUGUUUCGCGUCUAUCUGUGAGAUCCUGAACAGCGUCGUCGAAGAGUUUGUCAAGGAGCACUUUGGCCGGUUCAAGGCUCUCGAGAACCACGUCAGCAAUUGCAUCGCUCAGGAGCUCAAGACCUGUGUUGAGGAGGCCCGCCAAGCCGUGAAGGACACGCUGACGCAGGAGCUGUCACCGAGCUUCACCCAGGACACGCUUACAUACAACAACUUGCGGGGGUCCUGGUUGAGUCACUUCAGGUCAUAUUACAACUCGCAUACGAGUUAUCACACGGGAGUACCGGGGGGCGCUCAGAUUGAGGCCGUAGCAGACCCUCUUCGAGCGGUCGUUCAAAGCGGCUUCGAAGGGCUGACUUCCGCGGACGUCGCGAAGCUCGUCCCUGGGGGCAGCUUCGAGGACGAGUUCGUGGUCAUGGCGGACGUCCGCGCUUACUUCCAGGUAGCAUACAAGCGAAUCAUCGACCACCUGCCGCUCACCAUCGAGCACACUCUACACCGCUCGUUGUCCGCCCGUCUCUCCAAGAGCUUGCUCACGAGCGUGAUGAGCACGUCCGACUUCACGGAGCAGGCGGAGAAGCUUAUCAGCGAGGACCCGGUUGUCGCCGCCCGCAGGCUUGCCCUCGAAACGAGAAUGAAGCGUCUCAUCGACAUCAAAGUGCGCUUGAGCACCUUCGUGUUCUGAUUUCUGAGCCCCCUUGUUCGUUUGUUGUCCUGCCGCAGCCGAACUCGUGUCGUCGUUCUGUAGAACUACCGUUUCCCAUUUUCCACCAAUCUUCUAGACCUCUCGUGUACAGUUUGUAAUGCUAGUCAUGUAGGCGCCAUCUGAAAUGAUAGCCCGAUUCUGU